UUGAUUAUCUUGAACCGCUCGAAUCUACGUUCCACUCAGGCCUCCACGAAGCACUCAUACCUCCCACCAUCUAUCCACUCGUCCUCCACACGAUCAAACUAUCAGCCUCCCUGUGUGUUAAUCGACACAUGGUCUCACCGGGACGCCCCAUCAUCACGCCCCCAAACUCAGACUCAGGACACUCAAGAUUCAUUCUCACCGACCCGUCGUGUGUCACGGCGCGGUCUCGCCUCAUUGGAUCGUACCCCACGCCAAAGGCUGAAAUCGACGGCGCCCAUAUUGGCAACACAAGGCUUCCGCCACGCAUUCCUGCCAGGACUCAUAUACCGUCCCCUCCACCAAGAGUUCCCGGUCUUGAGCAUCUCGACUUUCUGUAUUUCAUCGGAAGAAGCACAAUCAUCUCAUCAUGAUGGCGACUCUGCUUCCUCAGGCGCUGCCCGCUCUCCCCGCCGGCUGCCAUGUCAUAUCGACGUCACCAAAUCUCAACCUCCCCAGCAGCACGGCAGCCAAGGCCAAGGGCGCCAGAUGGUCCGCUCCAACUUUCCCGGGAUGCCUGCCCAUUCUACCCUACACGUCCAGCGAGUGGGCAAAGGCCAUCGCAGAUGUGAAGAGAGAAUACGUCAACCAGAGAUACCGUCCGUGUGCAGCUCGCUGCACUGAGAUAUUGGACAAUCUCCGUGAUGCUUCCACCGUCAAGCCCGCAUAUCUCAUCUAUCUCCACUUCUACGCUGCUAGCGCCCAGGAGAUGAUGUCUCGCGGCUUACACCACGCCUCCACGGCCCGCGUCAACUUCCUCCAUCAAGCGCGGGACCACUAUCUCAAGGCGUCGCACCUCAUCGCCACUCUCGACGCCGAAGAGGCCGCCAUGAAUUCAUCUUUCCUGCGCUACUCUGACAGCAGCCUUGUCUACGACUACGACUAUAGCGGCUCGCCAACCAGCAUCCUCAGCUCUCAGCCCUCGGCCAUGUGGAGCCCAUCGUUGCGGUCCCGUGGACCGUCUCCGGCGUCGUCGUCCAGAUCCUCGAUAGAGUACAGCCAUUCCCAGAUCAAGCCGCUCAAGCUGCUCAAGCCGCUCAAGAGGACGUCCAACAGCCAUUCUCAGGUAUCUGUACGCCCAGAUUCGCCAACCCUCGGCAUAGCCCCGUUUGCCGACAGCUCGUUCCAGGACCUCCUUGAUGCGAUGCCAUCUCCGCCCACAUCUCCGGGCAUCCAGCCAGACCUCCCAUCACCCGCCGAGGCCGCCGAGUCUGCGCCGUCCGAGCCUGCUGAACAACCUCUCCCCAACGUCAACGCCAUGCACCGGUCCUUCGCGCUCCUCUCCGGCCUGCAACGCCAGAUCACCCGGCACCUCUCAUUCAUCGAGACGGAACUCGCCCAGGCCCGGAACCCUCCGCCGACGGCGACCAACCUCGGGCUUCACGAUGAUGAGCGCCGUGCGUUGGAUCUGCAGGCUCGGGUUGAGCGACUGCGCGCGAGCGGGUGGCAGCGCCGGCGGUUCGACUUCCAGCGGUAUGAGCAGCUACGAGAGAAGGCCAUGGCCGACAUGAUGGAGUAGAGCUUCAUCUUUCCUAUUUAUUGGAUGGCUGCUUAUCCUUUUUUUUUUUUAAUUCUUUCUUUUUAGUCAAGGUAGAUUCUCCGUCUGCUUUGGUGUAUAUCCUUGUCGGAAACCUUUGAUAGGCCCGACAUCCCGUCUCCUUUGUUGAGUAAUGUGGGUGGCGUACGAGUAGAGGAUCACGGUGUAAUGUAUCAAUAGCAUUUACGAGGGUCAGAGGUGCCGGAGAGAACACUGGUGUUUCUUCCUCCCGGAGUCAGGAUUUGGGCUGGCUAGUUUACUUUGACGA